UGGAGUCGACAAAGACGACGACGACGACAUCAACGGGGUUUGAGCUUGGAGGCAUUGUUGGCUGUGCGUAGAAGCAGCGAGGCGUCGAGCUCGGAGUUGAGCUUGGAUUUUAAGCUCUGCUCUGUCGAAGGAUAGAAAGAAGACGAUGAUGAAGAUGAAGACUCCAGGCAAGAGCAUCAGUCACCGAGCGUACGCGCGCAUAGGGUUCCUCGGCAAUCCCAGUGAUGCCUACUACGGCAACACGCUCGCCGUUGCCAUUGGCAACUUCGGCGCUUCCGUGACGCUCGAGCCCUCAGACACGCUCGUGUUCCGCCCGCAUCCCGUGCAUGAUCCAGCGCAUUUCACGUCCCUGCAGCACUUGGUUGCGCGAGUGGAAGGGGAAGGGUACUAUGGCGGUGUGCGUUUACUUAUGGCAAUUUGCAAGGUAUUCCAUGCCUACUGCGAAGUGCGCGGCAUUAUCUUGCACGAUCGCAAUUUCACAUUGAGCUAUGAUACGAACGUGCCUAGGCAGGCUGGUCUAUCAGGAUCGAGUGCGAUCGUGUGUGCGGCUCUGUCAUGUUUGCUGGAGUUUUUCAACGUCGGAGAUCGUAUGAAGGUGGAAGACCGACCGAAAGUUAUCUUGAGCGCAGAGGAGGAGCUAGGCAUAACUGCAGGGUUGCAAGACCGAGUGGCGCAAGUAUACGGAGGUCUAGUUUACAUGGAUUUUGACAAAGCCACCCUAGAGAGGACUGGAAACGGUAUAUAUACACCCAUGGAUCCGAAAUUGCUUCCUCAACUGUACCUGAUCUACACGAAGAAUCCCAGCGAUUCUGGCAAGGUGCAUAGUACGGUGAGGAAAAGGUGGUUAGACGGUGAUGAAUUGGUUAGGAAUUGUAUGAAAGAAGUUGCGAGUCUUGCCGUAAAGGGACGAGAUGCUUUGCUUCGGCAAGAUUUUUCCACCAUCGCGAAGCUAAUGGACACCAACUUUGACUUACGUAGAACUAUGUUUGGCGAUGCUACUCUUGGAAAGAUGAACAUUAAAAUGGUUGAGACUGCUCGCGGUGUUGGAGCUGCAUGCAAGUUUACAGGGAGUGGAGGUGCAGUUAUUGCAUUCUGUCCUGACGGCGAAAAGCAAGUGAAGGCUUUGCAGGAGGCUUGUGCUAAAGCUGGUUACACUGUUGAGGGUGUUAUUCCUGCUCCAGCCAAUGUCUAACCUAUAAUAUCCUAGAUUUCUGAGAGCGGGUGGGAAUUUCCAAGGUAAUAAUCAUGGCUGAGUGCUAUUUAUUCGAGCACUAAAAGAGGAUUUUUAAAUACGCUCAAUGCACGUAUUUUUCUAGUUUCCUCUGUUUGACCAUGAAAAAGGGAAAUGUACAUGAUGAAACUGACAAGGACACUGCAUCCAGUAUAGUCCUUAACAUUUUUUCCUCUCCUUUCUUGACGUAACGUAUGCAAAAUGCGCGCUCCUACUGGCUUUUUCACAGCCAAGAAAGGCUAAACUCAGCAAAGAGAAAAAAGAGCGAUUUUGCUUGGUAUAUCCGAUGUUCGUGUUCCUCAUAUGAUGCAUAGAAUGAACAAGUUUCAGGACGCCAUCGGAGAGUUGCAUUGGCAUGGGGUCCAACUUUGAGCUUCUGAAGCGUUAUAGACGAAGAGUCGUCUUUCAGAUACAGCCUGGUACGAAAUGUGAUGAAUAAAGUCACAAGACCGCAUCAUACCCGAGUGUAGCCGUGAAGAGACAGCAUGAGUUUUAUGCAUCAUGCGAUGGGGAGGUCUGUGAUGUAAUGUGUCCGGUUGUGCUUAGUAGGCUCGGCGAGUUAUCCUGAAUUUUAUAUUUCCAUGAACUUCGUAUUGUAAACGUUCCUGAGAUUCCCUCUAAUUUGGCAAACCAAUGAAAUGAAAGCACUACAAUAGCUGUCGUAGUUUGAAAUCGCAGAUUUCUGAGUGUGGAGGGGCGAGAGCGGUCUUCUGCGAAUUAGGACGCUACCACACAAUCGUUGUCGGUAGUGCAGGGUACCGCAGCUUUGAAACAUCCCUGCUCUCUGAAAGAAAAAAACUGCUUGUGGAGACGUCAGGCAAAGGAGGAGUGUAAAGAAAGAAGGCGAGUCAUACUUGACUUGGUGAACGUCAGGAGAAUUUUAGGAAAGAGUAACCGGAAGCCUUGAAAUAAACCGUGGUUUUGUGUUUUGCCUGUUGCACUUCACUAGAUGGUCACUGGUGAAGAGCCUUCCAGGAUGGAUUCUUGAUUGUGGAGUUUCCAUGCCUGAUCCAUUUUAAUGUUCAUUUUGACUCUUUUGUCUUC